AUGAAGCACAUUGAGACAAACUCCAUAAUUGCCGAUCCGCUUACUAAGGAAUUGAUACCCAAGUCUGUUCUUGUUGGAUCACAUAUUCUCACUUCAUCUUCGAUUCUCUUUUUUUUCUUGGCUUUUAAGCUUGCUAAUAGACGAGCUUGUGAAAGAAAGAGAAAGCACACGUGCAUUGAGAAUCCUCAACUCAAAAAUCUGAUGCAUGAAGUGCAACCUUCUUCUUUUAUUUAUAUGGAAUGCGUUUUUCCUUACAAUUUCCUUUUUGUUUCGAAUUUCUUCUUAAAAAUUUGUGAAGGAAGUAUUCCUAAUGAACCUUAUGUUUUGCCAUCUUCUAAAAUUUGUGGUUAUUGUGGUGCUACAAAAUUCUAUAGAGAAAGCAAAGGCUUUUGUUGCUGUGAUGGAAAUGUCAAAUUACAGUUACAUGAUAUACCUCCUGAAAUGUAUGAUUUAUUUAAUUCCACAUCUGAAGAGACUGUAGCUUUUAGAAAGGUUAUUUGUAGUUAUAACAAUCAUUUUGCAUUUACUUCAUUUGGUGUUAAGUAUGACAAAGAAUUGUGUAAGAAUAAUAAAGGUAUAUAUACUUUUAAAGUUCAAAGACAAGAAUACCAUUUCAUAAACUCGCUUGUGCCAAAGAAUGAGAAUCCAACUUAUUUACAGUUAUACUUCUAUGAUACUGAAAAUAAAAUUUGUAAUAGACUGAAUACUUCUGAUAAGUUUUGUGAGUUUACUUUAAGAAAGUUGAUAGAUGUUCUAAACAAAUAUCCCUAUUCAAAGUUUUUUCGAUCAUUAAGUGAAGUUAGUGAUUUAGAAUCAUGUUGUCUUUUACUAAAGUCUAAUCCUGCUGUUGAUCAAAGAGUAUAUAACUUGCCAAUAUCAGAACAAGUGGCUGUAGUUUGGGUUAACGAUGACCGAUCAUCUACAAAUACUAGAGGUCAGGAUUUAUUAAUUUAUGAGCAUUCAGGUAAUGCAUAUAAAGUUCAAUACUAUUAUGGUUGUUAUGAUCCUCUCCAAUAUCCACUACUUUUUCCGUAUGGAGAACCUGGAUGGCAUGAAGUUUUGAAGGCAAAGAAAAAUCGAAUAACUGUAUCAUGUCGAGAAUAUUAUUGUUACAAACUUCAAAUCAGGUGUGUAAAUAAUUGUAUUCUUUUACAUGCUGGCAGACUUUUACAGCAAUAUGUUGUAGAUAUAUACGUGAAAAUUGAAACAGUAAGAUUAGACUACUUUCGUAAUAACCAAAAAGUUAUAAGAGCUGAACUAUAUCGGGGAAUUGUGGAUAGUGUACAAAAUGGUGAAAAUAAAGAUUAUAAAAUUGGUAAAUCAUUAGUGUUGCCUUCUUGUUUUAUUGGAGGUCCUAGGAACAUGACUAAAAGAUAUAUGGAUGCAAUGUCUUUAGUUCAGAGAUAUGUCAAACCAGAUGUGUUUUUGACAAUGACAUGUAAUCCAAAUUGGCGUGAAAUAAAAUGUGAAUUGAAACACAGUGAUGAAAUACAGAAUAUACCAGAUUUAUUAGUACAAAUAUUUCGUGCGAAGUUUGAGGAAUUGAAGACAGAUUUGGUAAAGAGAAAGUUGUUGGGUCCUAUUUCUGCAUAUGUUUAUAAAUACCAGACAAAAAAAUACCCUUACCUACAUGCUACUGUUGUAAAACAUAUGAUGCAUGAUCCCUGUGGGAAUUUCAAUCAUAAGAAUGUUUGUGUGGAAAAGAAUUUUGUGUGUAAAAAUAAAUAUCCGAGAGAUUACAUUGAAAAUACUUCUUUGGAUAAUGAUUCCUACCCACUUUACAAUCGUCGCAAUGAUGGUGUAAAAGUUAAAUUACAUACUAAAGAUGCUCAAAUGGUUACAUACAAGGAGACUGAUGAUUUAUCAAAGGUUAUGAUUUUGUUCACCGAAUAA